CUCCAUUUAAAACCAUGUCUGCCGCUGAAAUCGAAACAUAACCGGUACCUUCAUGCCCAUGGAGUGACUUUUACCAGGUUUAUCAUACGCACUGUGAGCAAUUGCCUUGGGACGAGGCUAUUACCAUCUUCAUUCCAGCUUAUUACCACUUUACGAACGUUGAAGCAAGUUGAUUAAAAAGUAGGGUGAAUUUGAACCAUGGAGACGCUGAACGAAAUGGAUCACCUUUGUACCUCCGGCUUUGGUAGACCCUGGCCCAGACACGGUCUUCAUCUCCUUCAUUGGUUCUCCAACGACUAUGUCACAAUUUAUGAUGACGGAGAUAUUAUGACGAAGCGCAAUCUCAACAAAAAGGCGUUUGGCUUUCACCCCUUCUACGACAAUGACCAACUGCUACCAGACUGGGGAUUCCCAUUCUACGAGGUGGGCAAUCUGCAUCGCCCCAGGUCUGUUAAGCUUCCAGAUUACGUCCGUGAAAAAUACACAGGAAAGAAUGACGACAGCAACAUAGACAGGAUCAUCAUCAGCCUCAAGCCGGACAAAGUCUUGGACAAGAUCUACGUGACCCAACAUGAUCACCACAGUGGUGCUUUUGACCCCCAGCGCACCUUUCGCAUCAGCAAGGGGUUGAUUGAAAUUAUCAGUAGACUGGACCUGGAUGAGCUCCUGGAGCAGACUGGAUACGUCUAAGACUGGUUUAGAAGACAACCCCAUGCACCUACAUUCUCCUUCACCUCAUUUCCAGUGUUCAAAACGAAAAUCUGCGUAUUUACUGUGGCUGCGAAAUCAGAUAUUUUUAUGACCAAGAGACCGAGGAUCUGAAACUUCUGCGUGUGGUCACAUCACAAUGAAUUGUGCACUCCACUUAAUGUUACUCCAAAUGAAUUGGGGUAUGCAGCUCGUUGCUUUGGUCCAAUCACAAGUUUGUCAAACCGACACUAGAGAUGGAAUUAUAUUUUUAAGUUAAAAUGAGAAGUACAAACUAAAGCACUGUUGGGAGUAGGGCCACAGAGGUCAUACAUAAUUUAUGAGUUUGAGACCAUUUAAUGUAAUGAAGGCUUAUAUAGAGACAUACAGCUAUAGACCACAAAUGUUUCCCAUGCUCAAGAUAUACAAAUGUGCCUCUGCGUAACUAUUUGAUCAUUUACUUUAUAGUCCAGUGUUCUGUUCUGAUCUUUGAUAGACAUUUUAUAUUCUGAUCUUUUGAUCCUUUGAUAGAUGUUUUCUGUAUUGGGUUGCAUUUCUUUUAUACGAUACAUUACUGAUCUUGUCAAUAUCAGAUUAUAUCAUAAUAUUUAUCAUUAUAAUAGUAUUUAUAUUACAGUUCAUGUUUCCACAGGUUUGCAGUAAUAUUUCUCAAAAUCUGUAAUAGACCAAAUUGUUUAAAAUUAUAAGGGUUAAAUUAUUAACAUUAAAUAUAGAAAUCGCAUUAAAUAAUGGUAUAUGUACAUUUUUGUAUGAAGGAGAUGCAAACUGCUUAAAGAAAAGCUUUAUAUGACAAAGUGUUGCAAUAUGAAUAAAAGGGUAUUUCUAGAUUAAA